AUGAUAUACAGAGGCUUUAUAUCGCUUAUAGCGGUAUUCUCUUUCAUCUCUAUUGUUUAUAGUGAUUCAUUCAAUGCACAAGCUUUGACGAAAAAAUCUUUGGAAUCUCCCAAUUUUAUCAUUCCAAUAACUCAAUCAGACUUGUCAGGUUUAGCAGAAGAACGGGACUAUUAUACAUUGUUGGUUUUGACAUCCACAGAUCCAAAAAAUGGAUGUGGUACUUGUGAAAAUUUGGAUCGUGUUAUUAGAAGAGUAGCAGAAUCUUGGUUUGCUGAUUAUUCCUUAUCAAACUUUUUAUUUUUUGUCAAUAUUGAUUUGGCCGAUAAGUCAAAUGCAAAUUUGUUCAAUUACCUAGGAAUAAAUACAAUUCCUCACAUAUGGCUUAUUCCUCCAAGCAAGAGUACAUCCAACAUAAAUUAUAAGGACGACAAUGGAUAUGGAAUACUAAGCGAACCUCAUUUAAUAUUCAAACUUCCAAUGACUGGAAUCGAGAAGCAAGUCAAAGAAUUAACGAAGUUUAUAUCUCUGACUCUACAUAAGACGAUUCGUGUCAAACAAGAACAACCAUUUGAAAAAUUUGUAUUGGCUUUCGGGCUUACAUUUUCUUUGAUUUUGAUAAUUAAGAAAAGAGGGCCAAAGAUUGUCACUAAUCUUACGAAGAAAAAUAUCUACAAAGCCCUUGUGAUUAUAGCAAUAAUAGCAUUUACAUGUGGCUACAAUUUUACAGUCAUGGAAAAGGUUCCGUUUAUUGCCAAAGAUGACAAUAACAAUAUCGUUUACAUUAAUGGAGUAUUUCAAUAUCAAUUUGGAAUAGAGGUUAUUAUAAUCGGUCUUAACUACUUGGGGUUGGCAUCAAGUUUAAUCAAUCUAAUCUACCUAGGUCAUUACAAAGUCAAUUCUACCAGCACAAUUCCAAGUGAACAUACGAAAAGUCUUUGCAUUUUUAUCAAUAUCUUAAUAAUCUACGUAUUGUCGAGUUGUUUAACCAGUGCAUUUAUAAGAAAGGAACCUUAUUACCCAUAUCACUUCUCUAGAUUAUUUUAG